AUGCUAGGCGUAGAAGAGUGUACAGGAGGCAGGGGGAACGGUACUCACAGGCUUGCUUUGAAGAAAUCGUCAGCUACAGAGGAUGAUCCGGCAUGUUCUGGGGCGGAAUUUCAAUCCAAGGAAAAACCGAUCUUGUGUUCGUUUCCUGCACUGGAGGUGCACGUGGUCAGGGGGACUGCUCAUCGGUACAUCACAGAGAUACUGGAGGACCAUGUGGUCCCGUAUGCUGGUUUUGUCGGGCCUGAAUUCACAUUCAUGCACAACAACGCCCGCUCCCAUACGGAAAUAAUUGUUCGGGACUACCUGAAUCAGGUUGGGAUCCCCGUGAUGCAGUGGCUAGCGAGAAGUCCUGACCUGAAUCCUAUAGAGCACCUUUGGGAUGAUCUGAAACGCCGGGACGGUCUCGUAAUACUGCCCGUGCCACCCUUGGACAGACUUCGGGACACCGUUCUCGAGGAAUGGAGUGACAUUCCUCAAGAACGCUCUGUAACUGUAGAGCUCGAGUCGCCAGUGGUGGUCGUCCCUCGCGCUGCUCGGAGUCCGGAAGUGUUCGUAGCACAUCUGGGUCGCAUGAGCCUGUCGAAUCGGCCGGGAGCGCCCAGGGAUACCGUUUAUCACGUGCGAGUCAGGGACAUCUCGCUCGUAUCGUUAAACAUCAGCGACCGUCUACGUAAACUCACUGCAACGGCGAGCAUGCAGCAGUUAUAUGAAGCAACGGGAGGCAAACCGGUGCUGCACGACACCGCUCUGCAUCUCGCUCUCACCCUUAGCGAUAACGAUGAACAGCCGCAGUGUCAAGUGGAGGGAAAAGUAGUAGGUGGAUUGCAUGUAACGGCCAGCCGCGAGCAAUACGAACAACUCCUGGAAACGGUGCAGUGGAUCGCGGACUCGGCGGUUGCAGAUUUGACGGAUCGCCUAGAUGUGACAGAUCAAGUGCGAGAGACGAGCACCUUGUCGGAGCCCUCGGUUCCAACUCUUCAGCUGGAUCCUGCUGUGCGUGCUGCUGUGCUCGCCAUACCCCCACCAGCACAAGCGUUCUUUCCUCAAGUCUCACAUACGUCAUAUAUUGUAACAUUCGAGUUGGCAAACUUCACGGUGGAACUGCGGGCGGACCUCGGCUCUGGUGAAAGGAGUCUGGUGGCCUUAACGUUCCGAGAGUUUCUGUUGCGCCACGAACAUCUCCAUCCGCACGAAACUACUAUGCAAGUAUCAUUAUAUUCGAUCACCAUGGAAGACCUAACAAAAGACCCAGAUUCAAGACAUCGAAUGCUUAUGGUAUCACAUUCACCGCCGGUCCCACCUAAGGCCGUGUUCGUGUCCAAGUCCUGUCCAGAUUUCUCAAGCCACGUGGGCACAAUUAGUAGUGCAAUGCCCGUACUACACAGGAAUCAGCUAACUAGCAGACCAUCUCUGCCUUCCGGUCUUAACGUCAAUGACAAGAAAACUGAAAAAGAGCGAUUCCGCGAGAAGCAAGACAGUAAGUGUGGUCCUACACCUCCCUGUUCGCCUGUAGAGGGCGCGCCCAGCGUUAGUGAAACUGCAAUGGAAGGAGGCGGAGACGACAACCUUGUGUGGGUGUCCGUGCAUACGAGAGAUCCGCAACAUCCCCAUUUUAACGAUCACUUCAAUAAGGUGGCAAGACUGACAAAAGUCGAAUUCAAUUGCCUGAAGUUAGUUUUGAGUAUCGACAGUUGGGUCGCCGUGUUAGACUUCUUUGGCGUUAACGAAGCUGAUCAAGACGCAUCAACGUUAGAUCCUCAGGGAAAAGAUGCUGUGGACGGCCAGAGUGAGGCUGUAGUGGCAGCGGAAUCAGACGGUGGCAUAACAGAGACAGAGAUGCGCGUGCGCUCUCUAUCUGUCGUGGUGGUGGGUGCGAGAGGAGAUGCCUGCCGCGCUCUCGUGUCCAGGGUCUCGGCGCGCGUGCGUGCCAGCCGAGCACCAGCUCAGCGAUACGUUCGCGCCACCAUCGGCGCACUCGUACUCUCCGACCUAGCCCCUCGUGCUCCUCUGUGGCGAGACAGACUGCGCACAAGAGCGAAGAACGCUCUCGUUAUGCAUUAUCAUCGAUUAAGUCCAGAAGAAGCUGCAGUUAAGGGGUACGAGACUAGCUUGGAAUUGGAGAUGGGCCCUCUCACCUACGUGCAUACGCGCCGGUUCGUGUUAGAACUUCAGGCUUUUGCGCGCGACUUCAGUUUGCUACGGCACGUUAUUGUACAGGCGCGGCGUAAGGUCUCGAGCGCCAUCCGCGACGCGUCGCAAUUCCAGCGGAUGCACUUAAAGGUGCGCUGCGAAUCGCCAGUUAUAGUUUUGCCCGUGUCGGGGCGAAGUCGCGCGGCGUUGGCGGCGGUGCUGCGUCUCCUUUACAUCGAUAACUGCUUCAAACGCGCUGGCACUCAGGGUACUGUCAGCACGGUCUUGGAUCCUAGCAGGCCUGAACGUGAGCUGCUGGACGUACGGACAAUUCGUUUAGAAGGCGUAUCAAUAUGGUGUGCAGAGGGGGGUAGUAGCGCUAGUGGGGGGCGUGGUGUUCGCGUGCGGCAGUGUGGCCCACCUCUCCUUCCCGCGCCCGCGCAUCUUACUUUGCAGCUCGAGAUUAACUGCGAUCAAACUCACAACGUGGCAGAAACAACUUUGCAGGGCACAUUGACUACCCUUCAGAUUUCGUUGGACUCGGCGCAGUAUCGUCUGAUACGUGGCGUGCUCUCACACAACCUUGGCGAGCCUUGCACGGAGCUCAUCGCGCAGCCCCCCGAACCGGCGCCGCAAUUUUCAGGCUCUGUCUACCGCACAUGGUCGGUCCGUUUGGAGCUGCAAGAUGUCCAGGUGGAACUGCGUCGCGACUCAGCGCCUCCUCUCGCCUGCGUGCACUUCAUUAAGUCACGGCUGCUGCUCGAUUCCUAUUCGGACACUAGCCAAGAUAUCGAUCUGGUUUCGCAGGAAAUCCUAGUCUGCGACAGCCGGUAUAACAGCGAGCCAGCGAACCGACGAGGGAACGUGUUCAGUCGGAUCGUGCAGCCGCAGCCCGACCACCCCCAUACUGUGCAGGCCGAGUUGCACGCCAGGAAACGCCCAGAAUCAUCUGCCUACACUAUAAUAGUCAACAACAUGCGUCUAAUGGCCAUUUUGGACUGGUGGGAAGCGGCGAACCAAUUCAUUAUGCAGUCACCGCCGCUACCUUCUGAUCCCGAUCAGAUUUACUUUGAGGAACAAACGCUAGAAUCGGGCAAUAAUAAGUCAAACGGCGCUGAGGGUGGGACGCAGGGUGGAACUGAACUUAUGGAGCUCAAACUGAAUGUGACCGACUCCCAGCUGGUGCUUGUAGAAGAUGCCUCCGUAUGGGACACUAACGCCGUUAUACUGAAGAGCACAACAGUAAUAACAUAUAGACCAGCGGACAAGGAGCGACCAGUAGUUUGUGAGCUGAAUGACUUGGAGGUGUUUUCGUGCGUGCUCGGCUUGGAAGACGAGACGGCGCUGGCGAUCGUGGACCCGUCGGCGCUGCACGUGGCUUUGCAUGCGGACUCGGUGCUACAUGUUGACAUGGGCACGCUGAACUUGAGAUUAUCGUACCACGACAUGCGCAUGUUUGCGGCCAUGCUGCAAUCGCUACCGGCGCAGGCGAGGCUAGCGCUUUUGGAUAAAACAGAGACGGACACACCAGCAGACGAACCCGCAAACAGCAUUCACAUGCACGCGGGAACUUCGAACGCCGCGAGGCUGAUGGCUCCGCGCUGGUUACGCGCCCGUUCGCAAACUCCACCUGCGCAGAGCGCAUAUGAGCCGCAGAAGAUGUUGCGAGCUGUUCAGAUUAGUGCCGAUUGUGUGACGCUGUGCGUUAUUGACGAUUGUCUAGAUUCGGACGUACCGCUACUAGAAUUAGCUCUGGCAGAUUUACAGCUGGAACAGGACCUUCGUAAAGUAGAAGAGUCCUUUGCUGACCCACUUUUAGUAUCGACGCCGUCAGGCGCUUCCACCUCUUCGAUCGUAGACACGAACGUGGCUGGACGGCGUACAGCCGCCGGGGGUGGAAAAUUGAAGGCGCAACUAACGCUUGACUAUUAUAAUAGAAUGCUCUCUGGGUGGGAACCAAUUGUUGAGCCGUGGAGGUUUGAGAGCCGUUGGGAAUACACUCUAUCGAGCGCUUUGUCAUUGCGAAGACUGCAAGUCGAAGUGUCAUCUAGCGAGAUCCUGAACACAAAUAUCACUUCGGCGCUCAUCGACCUCGUUCGGCUCGUCAGAACCAAUUGGACGACAGAUUAUUACGCUCCGCAGGGCUCUGGACAAGCAGAGCAAUCGCCGAAGGGCAGUCCGGCGGGUCAUCGUCGCCGAUCUCCAUUUGUGCCUUAUGCCCUACGAAACCUCACCGGUCUGCGACUUUGGUUCACUACGUUAACUACAGCUUCGGACGAAUUACGUGAAGGCGGAGAAGCGAUGCCAUUUUCAGGCCCAGACGAUUCGUGGGUGUGCGUUCGUGCAGGCGAUACUGAGCCCUUCUCGUUCGGUGCUCGACGCGGAAGAGCUCGGGGUGUUGGGUUCGGGCACGGGGCGGGUACCCCGUCGUGUGAUCCUAUGCCUCUCGCCCCACUUCACAGAUUAGUAGUGAGAGUUGACGGCUGGUCUCCGUUGGAUCCCGUAUGUGUGGACCGGGUCGGCGUUUUCUUUAGACGCAUUACGCAUAUCAAAUCGGGAGCUGAGGCUCGUGUAGUGCUCGAAGUGUCACUGGAAGGCUCGGCGCGUAAGCUGGUGACAGUGCGGUCGGCGCUCUGCGUUCGAAACGAUCUGCCCCAUCCCGUCGACGUGCGGCUGCAUCACGCCGGACCACAUGCUCAUGCGCACGAGCGCGCAAUGCUGCAACGGCAAGGCGUGGCUGCAGCGGCACUGAGGGGCCUGGGUCCCGGCGGCACGAGCGCGGUCCGGAGUAUGUGUGCCGCGUUACAGAGAAGGGCCGCCUUAUGCCCCACGCCGUUGCCGCGUCUCCCGCCCAAUCUGCCCGUUUUCAUUAACUGCGGCGAAUGGGGCGGAUCGACAUCCGGCCGGAGCACCCAGAUAGAGGCGGGAGGUUGGUGGGCGGCGCCGUUAAGCGCUCGCUCCCCGGUGUUGUGGACGCGGCCGAUAGUGCGCGGUAGUCGUCUACCUGCGCCGGCUCUUGCUCCUGCACCUCUGGACUGGCGCGCGGCUCCUACGCAUCCCGCUUUGCUCCACUACGAGUGUCGUGCUCCGCACGACUACGUCUACCGGUUUUGCUGCGUAAUAAUACGCGAGCAAUUUCCUGUAGAGCGGGGCGAGCCAAUGGCGGGUCACACGUUGCGUUUAGUGCCGGCACUUCAAAUAGAAAACCUUUUGCCGUUGGAAUUGCAGUACCGCGCUGGACCUAUUUCUGGCAAUCUUCCCGCCGGACACACCGAGCCAGCACAUCAGGUAGACGUGGAGGAGGGAGUGGAGAUUACAGUGAAAUUGGAAGGUUUUACUUGGUCCUCUACGCUAAGUGUGGGCGGUGGGGCAGCUGGGAGCGGGGCUGCCAAUAAUUCCUUUUCUGUGAGACUCAAGCUAAGGGACGUUAAGGGCCGAAGGCUUUACCUCAACGCGAGGGUCACGAACAAAAAGACUGAUGGCAUUAAGGUGACUUUAUCGGCGGCGUACUGGCUGGUGAACCGCACAGGGCUUCCUCUAGUCUUCCGCGCAGAGGGCAGCGGCACUGAGGCGGCGGGGCAGUUCAGUGAGCACGAGGUGGCUCGCAUGGUUGCGCCCCUGCCGUUCUCCUUUGCUGACGGGGACGGCCCCACGAUAAAUGCCCGCCUCGGAACGGCCGUCGCUUCUAAUUCGGAGUGGUGUUCCUCGUUUGGCUUGGGCCCGGGUGUGAGUGUGAAGCGGCUUGAGUGCGGCGAAGGCGACCGUGCGUUCAGCGUGGGCGUGUGCGUGCGAGCAGGAAGGGGGCGCCACCGACGCACCAACAUUGUCACUUUCACGCCUCGCUAUCAGAUCCAUAACAACACCUCGAGGACAUUGCAGUUCGCCCAAAAGUGUACCGCAACUACCCUCAGCGACCCAGGUGCAAGCGCAACCCACGUUUCAGCGGUGGCCGGUUGCUACUUGCCGUGGCACUGGGCCCGUUGGGAUCGCGAGCCGCUGAUUUGCACUCGCGUGCUUUCUACUGUCUCCAGCCCUAAAUCCUCUCCGACUCCGCUUACCUCUUGGUCCGGUGGUUUCAAAAUCGACGCACCGCGCAGUUUACAUGUCGCUUGCAGGGAGAGCGGUGGGUCGUACCACAUAAUGCGCGCGGAGGUGGUUCGUCAAGGCGCCGCGCUGCUGGUCGUGCUGACAGACGCGGAAUGCGCUCCCCCUCCGUUGCGCAUCGACAACUAUUCGCCCGUCGCCAUUAUGUUCCAUCAGGUCGGUUGCAGCGAGGAAAGCGUAGUCAGUUCUGGCGGACGAUCCCACUGGGCUUUGCCCGAGCCGGAAGGAUCGCGGGCGGUGGCGUUGCGCGCACCCGGCGGGCCGCGACUGACCUUGUCGCUGGAUGCCCUUCAUUCCACCCACACUCUGCUUUACCAAAACUUUAUAUACGUCUCAUUCACGGCGACGGCCCCACCCGAUACCUCUCUCAGUGCGCAGGAUUACGCAGAACUGGUGUUGGAGGUGCCUAUUGGAUCUACGCGAGUCCAUCUUGCCACCAAGCGCUAUGGAGAUAGGUCUCAGCUCUGGCGCCGAGGACCUAAUGGCCAGUUGAUACACGAAGGCAGCUCGCCACCGCAACCCACCGAUGCCAUGCUGUCGGAUGAGACGACCAUUUCACCGCACGUCAUGGUGUUGGAUAUAGAAGGUGCUGCGCCUAGACCAGGCGUUAGCUCGCCGCUCGUACUGCGUCGCGCCGAUGCGAGACGCGCCUCUACGCAGGCGUGGAGACUUCUGCCAGAUGGUCGCAUGGCCUGCGCUCACAGCAACCUUUGCGUGCAACCUGCGGGCGGACUUAUGACGCUUACACCAGGUAACAGAGUGGUGUUGGGUCUGUCGGGCGGGGGGCGUGAGGGGGGCGUAGUCUCUGGAGAGCAACGAGUGCGAUGGCGAACUCUUCGACCCGGUUCCGGUCGCCUGAGCGUGACCCUCGCUGCUGAUGGACCUACGAGGCUCAUACGAAUUGCUGAUACUGUAGCACAGGAAUCCAAUAAAAUGGAAAGUACUUCCUCUGAAGAGAAAGAGGAUGAGCAGGUCGAAGAGAGUGCGUGGGAGUGGGGUAUGUGCUUGCGGUUCGAGGGCGUGGGCGUGUCGGUAGUUUCGCGUACAGGUGCCGAGCUAGUGUAUGCGCUUUGCACGUCUGUGCGUUUGGAAGUUGCCCGCGACCGCAUCGCAUCGCGCAUCGCUCUCUCCGUGCACGACAUGCAAUGGGACAACCAGUUACUCGGAACGCCCAGUCCCGUGCUCGUCUACUGCUUGCCAGAGCGAGGCGAGAGUGCGGUGUCGCUGCCCGCCUUGCACGCUGCCGUGGAGAUGCAGCGGGCGCCCCCCCAUAGAUACAAUGCCCUUUACUUUACGCACCUGCUCGUCGCUUUGAGGCCCAUUGCUGUUCGAUUGGAAGAAAGAUUGAUCCUCUUGCUCUGGGAGUGGCUGCAGGUGUCUGAAGGCUCAGAUGAAGAGGCGUCGGAUGAAGCGGAGUGGGUGGUGCCAGAGUUGACUGCGUUGCAUGCGCGACGCUACUACUUUGCACUAAUCAAACUACUGCCCAGUCAGAUACGUCUAUCAAUGUUCACGGCUAAUAAGUUGGAGGGGUCUGCGGCAGCAGUGAAACGCCGUUUAGGCCUUACCUUGAUCCGCUUCGAAGACGCCGCGGUAGAGUUGGAACCCUUCGUGCGCGCGCACGCCUUCGACACUUCGCCUGCGCUUGCCAACCAAAUGCUGCAACACUUCAAAGAUGAGCUAAAGUGGCAAGCCGCCAAGAUCUUAGGAUCUGUAGACUUUUUGGGUAACCCGCUGGGGUUCGUCGCAGAUGUUUCGGAGGGCGUGUCGGGGUUGCUGCUCGAAGGCAACGUGGCAGCGUUGUUACAAAACCUUACUCAUGGCAUUUCCAAUUCUGCUGCUAAAGUAACAGAGACAUUGGGCGAUGGAUUGGAGCGUGUGGUGUGUGAUGAGGCUCACGAAGAGACGAGACGCAGGAUCCGAUCGGCGGCAGCCGGUGCAAGAAUAGCAGCUGGUCUGCGUGGACUCGGUCUUGGCAUACUCGGAGGAAUGACUUCGCUAGUGAAACACAGCUAUGAGGGUGCGACGUCGGAGGGGCUGCCCGGAUUCAUCGCCGGCGUGGGGAAAGGGAUCGUGGGAACGGUGACUAAACCGGUGAUCGGCGUGCUCGACCUGGCCGCUGAAACCGCCGCCGCCGUACGAGACUCGAGUAGGCGGGGCCUUCGGGGAGGGCGUGGUGCCGGCGAUGAACGUGUCCGCCCGCCUCGUGCCCCGCCUGCCGCAUUGCUCCCGAGAUAUAAUGCUGAAGAGGCACGCGCAGCGGCCACGCUGUACGCUCUAAACGGCUGCGACUAUACAGAGCGGUUUCUCGCUCACAGAAUAGUUCGCGACACCCCUCACGAUAUCCGCGCCCUUCUCUCAGACUCGUAUCUAAGGAUAUUCACCUGUAAAGCGUCUACUCCGCAAGUCGUCAUGGAGACGCACUUGAGCAAUCUCGUAUCGUGUACAGCGGUCACAGUGGAUGGUGCUCAUUUCGUUGAGUUGGGAGUUCGCGGUGGGGCCGGAGGGGUAAGCGGUAGUGCUGGAGAGGGGCUGCGCAGGCCACGCGUCCAAUGCGACUCUCGUGAUCUGGCGCGUUGGCUCGCUCGACACGCUGCGCACGCGCGCCAGCUUCAUCACGACCGCACGCACACACUUACACCUUACACGGACGUCUGA